UCCCCGGCGAAUGAAGCGCUUCCAUCUAAGAUUCUAGAGCAUAGUUGGCGGUGGAUUGCUUUCCGAUCCCGAUGCCGAGCCCAAAGAGCUCUGCCGCCGCCCGCCGGCCUACCGUCGUCCUACUCCUCGGAGCGGCCCUCGCCUUCUCCAUCUUCCUUGUCUCCAUUCAGUCCUCCUACUUCACCAGAAGCCCGAGAUCGGAAUCGAACAGUGAGGAGAUACGGAUCCUCUCGGAUUUCCAGUCCCAUGUGCAGCAAUGCGUGGCAAGCCGAGGACUUGGCCUUACAGCAGAUAUUAUCGAUCACUGUAGAUUGGUCCUCAAGUUUCCUGAAGGCACAAACAGUACCUGGUUCAAUAAACAGUUUAAAAUUUUUGAGCCACUGGAGUACAAAUAUGAUGUCUGUGAAGCUAUCCUUCUAUGGGAGCAGUACCGUAACAUGACUACAGUGUUGACAAGGGAAUACCUAGAUGUGCGACCAGAUGGAUGGUUAGAGUAUGCUGCAAAAAGGAUUGCACAACUGGGUGCAGAUAAAUGCUACAACCGUUCUCUUUGUGAGGAGAAUCUUAAUUUGAUUUUACCAGCAAAGCCUCCUUUUCAUCCACGUCAGUUUAGAACAUGUGCAGUUGUUGGGAACUCAGGAGAUCUCUUAAAGACAGAAUUUGGGCAAGAAAUUGAUGAGCAUGAUGCUGUCUUUCGGGACAAUGAGGCUCCUGUUAAUGAAAAAUAUGCCAAACAUGUGGGCCUGAAAAGGGACUUCCGUCUGGUUGUAAGAGGUGCAGCACGUAACAUGGCUGCCAUCCUUAAAGGAUCCUCUGAUGAGGUGCUUAUAAUCAAAAGUGUGACGCAUAGAGAUUUCAAUGCUGUGAUAAAGGAGCUUCCAAAUCCUGUUUAUCUUUUUCAAGGUAUUGUGCUACGACGGGGUGCCAAAGGAACUGGAAUGAAAUCUAUCGAACUUGCACUCUCCAUGUGUGACAUUGUUGACAUAUAUGGUUUUACAGUGGAUCCUGGCUAUACAGAAUGGACCCGCUACUUCUCAAGCCCCAGACAAGGCCACAAUCCAUUGCAAGGACGAGCUUAUUAUCAACUUCUAGAAUGCCUUGGGGUUAUUAGGAUACACUCUCCAAUGAGAGCCCAGAGGAAGCAAGAUUGGUCAGAUGUGCCAAGCAAAGAAAUCAGAAGAGGUGCUCAUGUUGCUGCUUUGCGUCUGAAAAGAAAGCAAGCUGGUCAAGCAGAUGACCUGGGACCCUUUGGCAAUUGUAAGGUAUGGGGUUCAGUGGGACCAGAUGGUGGCGGACCUGUUUCGGGAUCAGCAGAUAUGAGUGACACUAGGAAAAACUCAAAUUACAGUAAGUGGGAAGUCCUGCCAUUUGAGAGCCUGAGAAGAGAAGCAAGAGAGCACCAUGUUCAAAUGAAUGGAGUGUCUCUCUACAAAAUGGAUGGAAACAAAUUGGAUGAUCUGGUCUGCGUGAACCACACCUUGCCAUUAAAGGUUUGAGAAGAUGAGGACCAUAGUUGACUGAUUGGCCUAUAUUCCAUGGUGGAAGCCAGAUAGUAAUUGAAGUUGAGCUAUAAAAGAUUGGUUUUCCUUUGUAAAAAAGAAGGCUUAGGGCAUCCCUCUUUCUGGGAAAAAUGGGAAAAUCUGGUCAGAUCACAGCACAAUAGUUUGUUGCUUUAUAUUCCAUUAGAAUUAAGUCAUACAAGAAAGGGGGCAGGGUCAACAUUGAUAGUCUGAGAUCUCUUCUGGAUCGAGCCAAGAGUGAUUCUGGUUGAUGCUUAUGAAGCUACGAAUUUAAAGUUCAGUGUUGACCGCAUUUGAGAUUGUAUUAGAAUGUUAGAUUCUUCCCUUGUAGCAUUCGAUACCAUGUGUGUUAUAUUGGUUUCAAUCGCUUGUGUUAGAAUAACAGAAAUGUGUUGAGUCUCCAGGAAUUGACAUAACAGCUAUUUUUUUUUUUGCCAACGGAAGUUCCUUUUAUUUUUUAUUUUUGAUCUCAUCUUUAUUUCUUUUUGUACUUUUCUGUGGUAAGUGCAUCUUGGCACUUUAAUAAUGCCACUUAAUUUUCUUAUAUGGUAACAGCAAACUUCAUGGUAGCUUGUAUAUUAUUUUCUUAGGAGUAUCCUGGAAAAUUAAUGAAGCUCAACUUUUA